UAACUUUUCUGUUAAAUAGCAGAUACUGGUAAACCCGCCAUCCGUCUCAAAACUCGGAACAACGCUGCCGCCUGAAGGAAUUCCAGAAGAAAAUUUGAUCUUUCCCAGUCUCUCAAGUAAAAUUUCACACCCGCGGUCUCUGUUUAUCUAUCUAUCUAUCAAUCUCUCCUCACAGAAUCGCCAGCUUCGUUGCGAUUUCUUUCGUAUGGGUGUUGCCCGAUUCGUGCUAUGGACCGCAAGGACAAAGCAACGGCUUCCUUGCUCAAGCGUGUUCUAGUUACUUGUGCGUCUCAGGCAAAACAAUAUGGGGGUUGUGUUGCCGCAAAGGUUCCAAAAGUUGAACGUGAUAUGUGUUUGAAAGAAUUUAUUGCACUAAAAUCUUGCAUGCAAAAUACGCUUCGGGGGAAACCAUAAGCAUCAUUGCUUCAUUGAAGAAAAUAUCAAAAUGAUGGGAGAAAUUUUCCUUUGUCCUUGGCUUUACCUUGGGAGUAUAGCAAUCAAAGAAAUUUUCUACAUUCACGACAUUGAAGCGGAUGUGUGAGGUAUGAGUGAAUAAGCUUAAUUUGGGUUGCAUAAGUUGCUUGGUUCCACUUUCAAAAGCUUUUCUUCAAGGUUAAGAGGUGACUUGAUAAAAUGUCUGGAAGACCGCCGAGAUUACAACCCAAUGCUGGUCUAAGCAAAUCCAGUGCUCUUUCACAUGCUUAUAUACAAUAUCCGCCCUUGAGAUGUAGCAUUCCUGGACCAGGGGGAUUGUUUUUUGAUGAUGGAAAUAAGUUAUUGAUCUGCCCAACCGUGGAUCAGAUCUUCUCAUGGAAAACUGUUCCGUUUAAUCCUGCUGUCACUUAUACUGCUGAUGCUGUUACGGAAGGGCCCAUUUUAUCUAUUCGAUAUUCCUUGGACUUAAAGAUUAUUGCAAUACAAAGAUCAAGUCAUGAGAUACAGUUUUUAAUCAGAGAAACAGGCGAAACUUUUAGUCAGAGUUGUAGACCAGAGUCAGAGAGCAUUCUGGGAUUUUUUUGGACUGAUUGUCCCUUGUGCAAUAUAGUAUUUGUGAAAACCAGCGGACUGGAUUUGUUUGCUUAUAGGUCUGAUUCAAAGUCCCUCCAUUUGGUGGAGUCAAAGAAAUUGAAUGUGAGCUGGCAUGCCUACACGCAUGAAAGUCGAUUGGUGCUUAUGGCUUCUGGGAUGCAGUGCAAAACUUUCCAUGGAUUUCAGCUUUCAGCAGCAGGGAUUGUUCGCUUGCCUAAGUUUGAGAUGGCCAUGGCAAAAUCUGAUGCUAACAGCAAGCCUGUCCUAGCUGUAGAGGACAUCUUUAUUAUCACUGUCUAUGGAAGAAUAUAUUGCUUGCAAGUGGAUAGAAUUUCAAUGCUACUUCAUACGUACCGGUUCUAUCGUGAUGCUGUUGUGCAGCAGGGUUCUUUACCAAUCUACUCGAGCUGGAUUGCUGUGAGUGUGGUUGACAAUGUGUUGCUUGUCCAUCAAGUAGAUGCAAAAGUAGUAAUUCUGUAUGACAUUUUUGCUGAUUCGAGGGCGCCCAUAUCUGCCCCUCUUCCGUUCUUGCUGAGGGGUUUUCCUCGACCCAAUAUUGAUGUCCGAAGUAGUAAGCAAGAUAGUGCCAGUUUAGAAGCUGAUCAACCUGAUGAAGCAAUUGUCUAUGGGGAUGGUUGGAAAUUUCUUGUCCCUGACCUGAUUUGUGAUCACGUCAACAAAUUAGUGUGGAAGAUACAUAUUGACUUAGAGGCAAUCGCUUCCAGUAGCUCAGAAGUGUCAUCACUUCUAGAAUUCUUGCAGCGACGGAAAUUGGAGGUUAGCAAGGCUAAGCAGCUGUGCUUGACCUUGACAAGAACUAUGAUUCUGGAGCACAGGCCGGUGGCCGCUGUUGCUAAGGCUAUAGAUGUUCUAGUCUCAUCAUAUACCCUCUCAAGCAAAGUAGGUCCCAGCGUCAAAGAAUCAAAAACUGACAGGUCGCAGUCAGUUGUGCCUCAAGUUAGUGGUUCUGGCCCUGUACCUGGUGGUAAUAACCGUGAUUCAACUGCUGGAAUGGAAAGUGAAGCUCCUCACAGAACUUCAAUAUUUCCGUCUUCAGAUUCUGAGGGGAAUGCUGAUGUUGAUCAACUAAAUACAGGAAACCAUCAGUCUAUAGUUGACCAGGAAAGAUGGAGAGGCACAAUAAAUUCUACUGACAUUCAGGCAUCAUCUUCACAAUACCAACAUCUUGGACCAGGAUGUAACCGGUUGAAUGACGAUGUAUCUGAUGAAGGGUCUCUGGUUUUGUCGCCAGCUAUCUCACCUGAUGAGAUGUACAGCUUUGUGUUCGCUCCCAUUGAGGAAGAGAUAGUAGGAGAUCCUUCUUACUUGCUGGCCAUAAUUAUCGAGUUCCUCCACCGGAUUAAUAUGGAAAAGAUCAAAGUAAACCCAAACAUCUAUGUUUUGACUAUCCAAAUUUUGGCUCGCAAUGAACGAUACACAGAAAUUGGAUUAUUUGUGCAGCAAAAGAUUCUAGAACCUUCUAAAGAGGUUGCUUUGCAAUUGCUGGAGUCUGGUCGCCAUAAUCUUCAGACAAGGAAACUGGGUCUAGAUAUGCUCAGACAGCUUUCUCUACAUCAUGAUUAUGUGUCUCUGCUCGUGCAGGAUGGAUAUUACCUUGAAGCAUUGCGUUACGCUCGUAAGUUUAAGGUUGACACUGUCCGGCCCUCGUUGUUUCUUCAAGCUGCUUUUGCGACCAACGACUCGCAACAUUUGGCAGCAGUUUUGAGAUUCCUGUCAGAUUUAACUCCUGGUUUCAAAAACACCUCAGAUUACAGUAGGUACCAUCACAUUCUAACUGAAAUGAGCUCUGGUGCUUCUGCUUGAGAUUUUCGAGAACUAGUCGUCAUAGGGAUCGAGCAGCGAAUGUCGAGGAAGCUGUAGGCCUUUUUGAGAUGGAAAUGUCUGAUGUUGGUAUCAACAACCUGAGAUAUAGGUGAAGUAGUGAAGAUGGUGGAAAAUGGGCACCCCCUCCCCACAAGAAAGGGACGAAAAUAAUUAAGUUGACUACGAUUUACUGUGAUGAUACUAAAUAGCUUUGCUACGUCUAAAAAAAUUGAAAGUAGGUUGCGUUCGUCACCCUCAUCUCUAUCAGCCUGGCUCGCAUCCCCUCCCGUAGGAUUUCAAACCUUGCCUCGUUUGGUUCCUUCUUUUUCAAGUAAAGGGCGAGUCUCAUGACCUUUUCAUAUUGAAUCACACUCAUCAACUUUACAUGUUUAUGGUUCAUAUUGUAAUUUUUUGUUAUUGUUAUAAUAGAUGAACUGAUAAAUUCAACUUCUU